GGGAGAGAGUCUGGUCUUCUGGGCGCCCUGAACAACCCAGGUGAGCCUGAGCUAGAGAACAAUGAACUUCCAGACACCGCUGCCCAAGUGAAAGCAAGAGGUCUGCAGCUCUUCUGAUUCCUCACCCUUGGCAAUCUUCAUCAGGAUGUCAGGAGCCCCCAAGGAGAGUUUGCCGGGGUUGCCAGGGCUGGGCAAGGCCUGCUUAACCACCAUGGACCAAAAGCUUAACGUGCUGGAUGAGAAGGUUGACAAACUCUUAAAUUUCCAAGAAGACGUCAUGGAGAAACUGCAAUGUGUGUACCGAGGCAUGGGCCACCUGGAGCAAGGCCUGCACCGGCUGGAGGCCUCCCGUAUUCUGGGCCCAGCUGGGGCCGACUGCACUCCCCCCACUGACACGCAGGCUGGGUGGCCGGAGGUCCUGGAACUGGUGAGGGCCGGGCGGCAGGAUGUCGCCCAGCAGGGCGCCAGGCUAGAAGCCCUCUUCCGGAUGGUGGUGGCUGUGGACAAGGCCAUAGCUUUGUUGGGGGCUGUGCUCCAGAACUCGAAGGUGGUGGAUUUUAUCAUGCAAGGGAGUGUCCCCUGGAGGAAGGGAAGUCUGGCCGACGGCCCUGCGGAGAACAAAGAGCGAGUGGAAGAGAAAGGAGCAAAACCAAAGCACGCGCUGAGCACCAGAGGCGUGCAAGCCGAGCUCAAGGGGCCUUGGGAAGAGAGCCAGAAGGUGGACCUGCCAGAGGGGACAGUGGAGAGGUUGCCCCCCAUCAGUGCUUCGGGGAUAGGAGCUGACCUCCUUACCCAGGCAGAGGCCUCACCAGGGCAGGGAGACGGAGUUCCUGGCCCAGCCCAGGUACGCCCAGAGGUGGAAGCCAAAGCUCCUGUAACAUCCAGCGAGAACCCCAGGACGGGCCUGGAAUUGUCUGUGGUGUCUGAAAGGGUCAGUGAGGCUCCCACCGGCCAGGAGGCUGCAUCGGGUGCAGGACGAGGAACAUCAUCCAGUAGACCUGACCCUCGGCUCUCGGAGGAGGGCAUGAGGCUGACUCCAGCACUGCCAGCCCAGGCCAAGUCAGCUCACGGUGGUGGAGAAACACCUCCAAGGAUCUCCAUCCACGUGCAGGAGACAGACAUCCCUGGAGAGCUACUUGUGACACGAGGCGGCAGCCUCAGAACCACGCCCCCUGCAGAGGCUCUAGCAGCUGCCCAUCCAGGUGAGCAGGACUCACCUGGGCCCAGGUGCUACCCCCAGGCCCCUGGGACUGAGUCAGGAAAACAUAUCCCAAAAGGAGCUGGGGUGUUUUCCCCACUGUGGAAGCGGAGCAGCGACUGUGGAGCAAAGGCCAAAGAGAAACAGGGAUCUGGGCCUGAGCCCGCCAUGACACCAAGCAGGGCCUGGAGGGACAAGGGAGCCGAUGCCAGGAUCCCAGGCCUGCAGCAGGACACAGGCCCAGGAGCAGGGGACCCUGAGCCUGGAAAAGACUGCACAGCCAGGGGCACGAGCAGAGCCGAAGCAGGAAGGAGAACACCCCCAGGAGCUGAGGCGGGCAGCCUGUUUCUGGACGACAGUCCAGCCCCGCCAGCCCCCUUCGAGCAUCGGGUGGUGAGUGUCAGGGAGACCUCGACCUCAGCGGGCUACACAGUGUGCCAGCAUGAAGUCCUGGGAGGGGGCCGGUUUGGCCAGGUCCACAGAUGCACGGAGAAGGCCACGGGCCUCUCGCUGGCGGCCAAGAUCAUCAAAGUGAAGAGUGCCAAGGACCGGGAGGAUGUGAAGAACGAGAUCAACAUCAUGAACCAGCUCAGCCAUGUGAACCUGAUCCAGCUCUACGAUGCCUUUGAGAGCAAGAACAGCUUUACCCUUGUCAUGGAGUAUGUGGAUGGGGGUGAGCUCUUUGACCGGAUCACAGAAGAGAAGUACCACCUGACUGAACUGGAUGUGGUGUUGUUCACCAAGCAGGUCUGCGAGGGUGUGCAAUACCUCCAUCAGCAGUACGUCCUGCACUUGGACCUCAAGCCUGAGAACAUACUGUGUGUCAAUCAGACGGGACACCAAAUUAAGAUCAUUGACUUCGGGCUGGCCAGAAGGUACAAGCCUCGGGAGAAGCUGAAGGUGAACUUUGGUACUCCCGAGUUCCUGGCCCCAGAAGUCGUCAAUUACGAGUUUGUCUCGUUCCCAACGGACAUGUGGAGUGUGGGAGUCAUAACCUACAUGCUGCUCAGUGGUUUGUCGCCAUUUCUAGGGGAAACAGAUGCAGAGACCAUGAAUUUCAUUGUGAACUGUAGUUGGGAUUUUGAUGCUGACACCUUUGAAGGGCUGUCAGAGGAGGCCAAGGACUUUGUCUCCCGGUUGCUGGUCAAAGAGAAGAGCUGCAGAAUGAGUGCCACACAGUGCCUGAAACAUGAGUGGUUGAAUAACUUGCCUGCCAAAGCUUCUAAAUCGAAAGUUCGUCUCAAAUCCCAACUAUUGCUGCAGAAAUACAUGGCUCAGAGGAAAUGGAAGAAACACUUCUACGUGGUGACUGCUGCCAACAGGUUAAGGAAAUUUCCACCUUGUCCCUAAUCCUCAACUCUGCUGCUCCCAUGGGCCCAGAAAUUACUGAGACUUGUGGUGAAGUCAUGACUGAAGAUUUUUAAUAAUCUGGCCUUCUACUUAUUUUGUAAAAAAAGGUUAUGGCUGUUGCCUUCCUUGUGGAUGAAAAGUGGCUGUAAAGAGACUGACCUAAGAACUUUUUUCUGCCUUAUAAGAUCAGUUGAAAUGCUGGGAUUACUUUUCAAGUGUACCUACUUUUGGUGAUAAGUGUAGGCAUGCUUUAGGUAGGUAGGAAAGCUUCUACUUUGCAUAUGUCAAAUUUAAUGUCUAAGCUUACUCUGAUUAAAGAACCCAGUGGACUAUCACCCAGGGCAUGUUAGUAUUACCUCCUCCAGUGCAAAGAAUUCCUAGCAUUUUGACUUGCUCAGGUGUGAGCUGACAUUUUGUACUACAUUUGUUGCUCUAGUGUGAAGCAAUGUGGAUUUAGGGCAGAGAUCCUCAAACUUGUUUUAACGUGUGCUCCCUUUUGAGAAUCAAAACAUGCAUCCUUUAAUAUUCUUUGAAAUUUCAAAAUGUACUGACUGU